AAGAUCCGCGAGACCAAGGCAUGUGCACCCUCGACAUCACGUUCGAGCAGAACGUCCAGCCAUCUGGCACGAAAUCCCUCGUGCCCCACCAGAAGCAGUCACAGACCCACACGGCGAACGCCGUCUGCUUUACGCUAGUGAGCGCGGACACCUGGCACAGGAGGCUUGGACAUCUCAAUGCUCGGAGCCUGGACAUCCUUCGGAAGGACACGGGUACCGGGGUGGACUAUCGCGACAGUCUCUCCCCUUGCGGGGUCUGCCAGAUCGCGAAACACAAGCAGUCCCCCCACCCGAAGCAAUCGACUCGCGAACUAUCACGGCCUGGACAGCUUGUGGUCAUCGACAACAUGGGGCCUGUUAAUCCACCUGCGAAAUAUAAAGGAGGCUCCUUCCCGUACGCGUGCAAGAUCACCGACGACUACACGAAGAUGAAAGAAGUUUACCUGCUUCGCAAGAAAUCUGACACGACCGAGGCGGUGCACACGUACAACAUGUGCGUCGCAGCGGCAGGAGGCUACCGGAUCGAGACCAUCCGCUGCGACAAGGGAGGCGAGAACACCGGAUCCGAAUUUCGGGACUACUGCAAGAAUUCAGCUAUCAAGCUCGAAUACGCCGCCACCAACACCCCUCAACAAAUUGGUGUAUCGGAACGGGACGGACAAACCCUGGCCGGAGUCACCCGGUGUCUUCUGAAGGAUGGAGAUUUUCCGCCGUCCAUGUGGGGGGAGUUAAUGCUGACUGCAGCAUACCUGUUGAACAGGUCCCCACACUCAGCACUGGGAGGAGCUACGCCAUACUCGAAGUUGCACAAUAAGUCACCUGAUCUCUCGGGACUUCGGGUCAUUGGAGCGCGCGCCUUCGUACACCACGAGAGAUACCGAAAGAAGCUGGACGACAGAGCUUUCGAAGGCAAGCUAUGUGGUUUCGGCCUCGACAGCCAGACCUACCGGGUAUUGAACCCAUCCGACGGGGCCGUGGUCGAGAGCCGGAAUGUGACUUUCAUCGAAUCUCCACCCCGCUCAGUGCCCUUCCAGUAUUCCACUGAAGCAAACAGGUACGAGAGCGACGUGCUGAGCUUCACCUCCCUGCUGGACAGCCCCCACUCGACGAGCGACCUGGACUUCACGGCGCAGAACGAACUCCUUCGGCAAGAAGUCCGGAAGAUGCAGCAAGACAAUCUCCCUCGGGAGGAGCUUCGCCUGGAACUGGACGGGCACAAGGACGAACAUGGAAACGGGCAAGAUCUCGGCGACGGAGACGCUCCAUCACCACAUCUCCCAUCGACGCCCGCUGGACCGUCAUCCGAGACCCACGCAUCAAGCCCCAGUCCAUCAUCGUCGAACCCGCCUGAACCGGACACUUCAGCAUCAACUGGAUCCUCCGGCAUGCGGCGCCUGCAAGUCACCAGAGCCAGCACGCGCGGGAAGCCCACCAGCGACGAUCAUAUCGACGUCAACUUGGUUCCUGCCAAUCUGGAAGUCACCAUGAACGACCGCGGUCGAGCCCAUGCUACAACGGGCCGCGUAGAGCCAUCCGGUCUUUCCUUCACUCAGCUGGCUGAGAUAGCCGAUCAAGCCCAGCUCCCAUGCCCUGGCGAUACUGAGGAUUUCGCCCACGUUGCGGAAGACCCCUUCACGGUGCCGCGUGCUCACGCCUACGUCACGACCACUCACGAACACCACGGGAUCUUGGAGGAGACGAAUCAAGCGAUCAAAAUCCCCAACAUCUACGGCGAAGCCAUGAGCUCUCCCCAGCGCGAAGAAUGGAAAGGAGCGCGCAGUAAGGAAAUGGACAAUCUGCGGAAACACAACGUCUACAAUCUGGUGCCCCUCAGCAGCGUUCCCAAGGGAGAGAAGAUCCUCGGAACGAAAUUCGUCUUCAAGAAAAAGCUGGACGGACGCUUCAAAGCUCGCCUGGUAGUCGGAGGACAUCGUCAAGAGCCAGGACAGGACUACGGACGCAGCUACGCACCAGUAUGCCGUAUCGGGAGCAUUCGCAUGACGUGCGCCAUUGGCUGCCACAACAACUGGCCCAUCUACCAACUGGACGUUGUCGGUGCCUUCCUGAACGCCCUCUGCGACAGAGAUGUGUACGUCAGACCCGCCCCCGGUACAUCCGCCAAGAACUCCGCGACGGGAGAACCCAUGGUGUACAAACUAGAACGGAGCCUCUACGGCCUAUCGCAGUCGCCGGCGCUCUGGAACGACACCCUGGACGAAUCCCUCACGGUGUUCGGAUGGAAAAGGACUCAAUCCGACCCCUGCAUGUACGUGUAUACCAGGGGCAACAUCAUCGUGAUUCUCACUGUCUACGUAGACGACAUUCUCAUCACAGGAGGAGACCAGCAGCUCGUGGACCAGAAGAAGAAGGAGCUCACGGAUCGAUUCGAGAUGACCGACAUGGGAGAGGUAAAGCGGAUCCUCGGGAUCGACGUGCAGCGAGACUACGAGCAAGGAACCCUGGCCAUUUCACAGGAGCACUACGUGAACACACUUCUGGAGCGGUUCGGAAUGCAAGAGGCCAACCCAGUGAGCACUCCUGGAUACGGAGCGGAAAUCUCCACGAAUCAACCUCAGGACCAAAUCCUAGGACCCACGGACAAGAAAAUCUACCAGUCCAUGACAGGAAGCAUCGUCUACCUGGCCCAGUGCACGCGAUUCGACCUCUCCUACGCUGCCCUACAACUUUCCAAGGCCUGCAGCAACCCAGCGCAGGUGAACAUGACAGCAGCCAAGCACGUUCUGCGAUACCUUCGGGGUAAUCCAGUUCUUCCUAUCGUCUACAAGAGAGGACAGUUUCGGCUAGCGGCGUUUACGGAUUCAUCCUUCGGAGCAAACCCCGACAACGGAAGAUCUACCACGGGAUAUCUCUUCUUUCUGGCUGGAGGACUCAUCAGCUACGGUGCGAAGACUCAAACUCUAACCGCGCAAAGCACGGUCGAAGCCGAGAUUCAAGCACUUAGCUACUCAGCCAGAGAGGCGGUCUACGUCUCAAUUUUUAUGACAGAACUCAGCUUCAAGACCUUCGGAUCGGUUCCCAUCAACAGCGACAGCACCGGAGCGCUGACAGUGGCCGGGAAUGCCAUGCACUCUCAACGCACGAAGCACGUGGCCCUGAGGUACUUUUUCAUCCGGGAGCUAGUACUACGGGGACAAAUCACUCUUCACCACCGGCCCAGCGAGCACCAGUUGGCUGAUAUCGCGACCAAGUACCUCCCAAAGCACCGAUUCGCCUCCAUCAUUCAGCAGAUCAAGGACUUAUCGUGUUGAUCGAAGAUCUGUGAAGCUUCCUUCAAUACCCGCCAUACCAGAAGGAAUUUGUUUUCGAUACGGUGCCAACGAAGGGGUUGAGGUAGACAAGGAUGUGGUGAUGCCGUCGACCAUUGUGAAAAAGUUGCUUGAUCGAGAGGUCGUGUCAGGAAAAUCGUGUGUCGAGACCACCAGUAGUCGGACACGGUUUGACCAUUGAAUACGAUUGAAGCAACUAGUCUGCGUAGCAGUAGUAAAGAAUCCAUCUCUCCUUGGCAUGUAUUCUCUUGUUCUAGAAAUAUUCCGGAAGCAUACUAGGUCAAGGUUGACCGGGACAUCUACGUAGAACGUGUGUAGCUUCUGGAAGCCUUCUGGAAACUUCUGGUUCCUUCUUAAAGCUUCGGGAAGCGUUCUAGAUCUAGGUUGCAGUUGAUACUCAUCUAGAACGUAGGAGGGCUUCCAGAAAUCAUUCUGGAAGCAUUCUGGAUCAUUCGUGUGAUUGGCUUAUUGAUCCGGUAUUCGAGAAGAGUGGUGCAGCCCUAAGCUCGCCCACCACUCUCACUCCUCUUCAGUACCAGCAACAUCUGACUCGGGAGUCAGCGAUUAAUAAAAACAUCUUCAUAUUUCUAUUCCAAGUCUCUCGCGGUUGGAGCCGCACAGAGUGUGAACCUCUGAGGUAGACUACACAGCCUACCGGCAUCUGCAGCAUCGUACUGCUGCUAGUGCACAGCGAAAUAUACUCUGACAUACGGAGGAACAAGAACUUUCUUUAUGUUUUCCUUGAGAGUGUGGUAGAUUGGUGGACAUUCAUGGAGAUUCGUUUUGGGUGUUCAAGCGUUAUGCCUGACUUGAUGCCGUGAUGGAAUGACGAGCUCAAGCACUCUCCCGAUGAAUACGACACGUUUUUCAACACGUCUGCACUACUUUCCCUACCCCUACGGCCCGUCAUGGCCGAGCUGCUCUACACUCCCAUCACACACAACUGAGCCACCCGAAUUAUCGAUCACGCUAGCGUAUGACACGUCCUCUACGAGAUUCGGGUCGAGCUUAGUUUGGAGUAUCGUUUUGCGGCGAUCAGCAGCUGUCACCGAUGUCCAGCGCCGACCAAGAACGAGGCGCCCGUCACGCAGAAGACGAGGACGCCCGCAUCAACGAGUUGGUGGAGAUGAGGGUACAACAACGACUGGCCGACAUGAGGCGGCAACAAGACGAGGAGGAGCAGAGGACAUAGAACGUCCGGACCGGAAGCGAGCACGAGACACGCCACCAGCAAGAAGCGGGGCGGUCAACGGCGAACCCGGCCGUAGAUGACAUCGCCCGCACUCUCGCAGACGCCAUGUCCAGACGAAUGCAGACAUCACCACGGGACAUCGGUAGUACCCAGUACAGGAGGAAGUAUUCGCAUGACAGAGGUUAAGCGCCUAGCGCCUUGGGAUGUGAUUUUUAAGCAAGGGGAAGAUGAGCAGGCUAAGUUUUCGAUUUUUCGAUCGAACAUGGUAGCUAUGUUUGCGCAGGAAGGAGUGCGUGACGUGGUACUGACUGAAGAAAAGAUUCCAGUCGGAAAAGAAGGAGUGAGCAUGGAGGAGCUGCGUAGGGUGCAUUCGUGUGACAGCGUAGAAAAGACAAUUACGGCGUGGAACCUGCUGAUCACGUCUGUAACAUACAUGCCUAUCCUCCCCCAGAUCAUCGCUGAUGGUAGUCC